AUGUCCAAGUUAUGGCCCAAAGGGCAAGGGAAGACAACUCGUUCAAAGGACACUAGUAAUCCAUCCGUCUCUCAAUCAAACACGUCGCCCGCUAGCACAAGCACUGGUUGGGAGAAGGCCCGUGACACGGCGAUUCCGAUCCUUGAACUCGUCGCCAACAUCUCAGAGGGAUCUGAUGUGCUCGCUUCUCUCAAAGCGGCAUGUAAAGCGACAAAGCAGAUCCUCGAAAUGGCGCGCGCCAUCCAGAACAACAAGGAAGAUUGGAAACGUCUUGCUGAACGUCUUCAAAGUCAUUUAGAGUCAAUGGAAAACCAGAUCACCAUAUUUGAAGGGUAUUCCGAGGAGAGUCGCAAGGUCGACGACUCUUUACGACAACCGUUGCUUGCCUAUGUCAGAAAGCUCGAUGGGAUACAAAAGGCAGUCGAAGCACGAACACGUUCGCGGCUGUUGUCUCGAGGGUUAAAAGUAGAUAUGGACGCUGGCGAUAUUCGAGACUUUCAUCAAGAUAUAAAUGAUUGUCACCAAAGACUUACAGCUGCUCUAGCCGUAUCCUCUGCAUUUCAUAUUCAAGUCGUGAAGGGAGACACCGAGGCUCUGAGAGGGGAUGCACAAGUCAUCAAGGAGGAUGCUAAAACACUACUGAGAGACGCGGACCUAGUUAUCAUUUCUCAACUCCCGAUGGUGAUCGCGUCAUCUGCAGUGCAUAAUGUCUGCAAUCCGGGGACUCGGCAGGUUGUUCUCGACUCCAUUCGCGUUUGGGGAGAAGGCGCAUUUGCCGAGCCCAUAUUCUGGCUCUGCGAUAUCGCCGGGUCGGGUAAAUCCACCGUAUCAACGAGUGUGGUUGAAUUUUGGAACAAGAAGGGUCUACUCGGCGGCCACUUCUUCUUCUCGAUGGCCAGCAGCGAGGAGUCUACGAUUACCAAGAUGUGCCCAACCUUUGCCAGACAAAUGUUCGAGAACAUUCCAGCAUUGGCCCCAUAUGUUGUGGAAGCAGUCAAACGACACCCUGCCAUUAUGACGAGGCCGUUCGAGGAGCAAUUCCAGAAACUGAUCGUCGAGCCAACGAGGCACCAGAGUACUUCUGUCAUCUUGGUUAUAGACGCUCUGGAUGAAUGCAAGUCUGGACCAGAACGACGGAAACUCGUUGAAACACUUUCUAUCGCCGUCCAGGAAAGCAAAACCCUCAAGAUAUUUAUAACAAGCAGACCGGAUCCUGUCAUCCAGGCUGUCUUGGGGUCGCUUCCCAUCAAAGCCCAGAUGGAGGAUCGAUUACACGAUGCGAGCCACCCUGAUAAUAUCGAAGACAUUGCAACCUAUAUAGAACAAGUGAUCAAUGGAAUGCUUGCGGAGGAGAAGAAGCGACGACUGGUGAAGAAUGCCAAUGGUUUGUUCAUUUGGGCAAGCAUUGCAUGUCGGAUGCUUAAAAGUGAAACAACAUUGGAGACCCAUGAAGUCAUAUACGAUCGUCUGGUCUCAUUGGACCAGCCCGGAGAUAUAGACCAUAUAUACGACCUCAUCUUCGAGCGCAUAGACCCAAAUUCUUUCACAAUCAUGUUUAAGAUGCUCGGUAUACUGCUCGUAGCAUUCGAGCCCCUCAGUACCGACGACUUGGAGGACCUUCUCAAACAAGUCGGAAUAAGGGGAAAUGUCAACGCGUUGAUUCAGAAUCUAGGGAGCGUACUCAGUGUGGACCGAAAUACGAACCUCAUCCGAUUCCGGCAUCAUACGCUGGUCGAAUACCUUGGACGCCGCUCUCACGCUUCAGCCGUCCAUAGCCACAAUAAGGUCCACAUCAACGUUGCGGAGGCACAUGGCCAAGUAGCAUCGUGGUGUCUGAAACGGCUGGUUUCAUCGACCGAAGGUGUCAAGUUCAAUAUAUGCCGGAUCGAAUCCUCUUUCUACCUGAAUAGGCAGGUAGCGGACCUUGACUCGAGGGUUUCAAAGUUCAUCCCAACGAGACUCCGAUAUGCCAGCUCGCAUUGGCUGUUCCAUUUCGCGGAGACGGAUGACAAGCAGCGACGUGCGCUCAAGAGGGAUGUUGGACGAAUCAUUCGAACUCCAAAUGUACUACACUGGAUGGAGAUUGUGAGCCUAACGAGAGGGGUGCCACGAGCAAUAGACGGGCUUCGAACUGUUACGCGCCAUUCAGGGCUUGAAGAAGAAACUAGAGCUAGGAUGACGGACAUUCGACGGUUUAUUAUGGCGUUUUCGGUGCCGAUCCAGGAGAGUGCCGCCCACAUCUACAUUUCUGCGCUUCCAUUUUCACCCAAGAAGUCAUUAAUUCGUAUUGAAGGUCAAAGUGGACAUGGAAAUACUCUCUCUGUGACCCGGGGACUUGAGGAAAUGUAUCCUGGACUUCCCGGGAUUCUUCGAGGUGACCAAGGCUCGGUCUGCGCAGUAUCGUUCUCUCCUGACGGUUCAAGAAUCAUCUCUGGGUCCUUCGACAAGACAAUUCGAGUCUGGGAUGCAGACACGGGGCAGCCGUUGGGAGAGCCACUGCAAGGUCAUGAACAUUGGGUCACCGCCGUCGGAUUCUCGCCAGAUGGGUCAAUAAUUGUGUCUGGCUCAGAGGAUAAGACUAUUCGGCUGUGGGAGGCAGACACCGGUAGGCCGUUGGGAGGGCCCCUCCUAGGCCACGAAUCCCCCGUUUUGGCCGUCGCGUUUUCUCCAGAUGGGUCACGUGUCGUGUCUGGUUCAGAUGACAAAACGAUUCGACUAUGGGAGACAGAUACUGGUCAACCGUUGGGGGAGCCUCUUCGAGGUCACAAAUCCUCAGUCAGCGCCGUCGCUUUCUCGCCAGACGGCUCAAGGAUUGCCUCUGCGUCGGACGACAAGACUAUCCGACUCUGGGAGGUAGAGACUGGCCAGCCUUUGGGAGAGCCUCUCCGAGGGCAUGAGGCCGGAGUCAGCGCCGUCUCCUUCUCACCAGAUGGUUCACAGCUUGCCUCUGGCUCAAUUGACAAGACAGUUCGACUAUGGGAGGUAGAUACCGGUCAGCUGUUAGGAGAACCGCUCCGCGGCCACGAAGACUCUGUCUAUGCCAUCGCGUUCUCGCCUGACGGCACCAAAAUCGUGUCUGGCUCGUAUGAUAAGACAAUUCGACUGUGGGAGGCGGACACUGGCCAGCCGAUUGGAGAGCCACUCCGAGGUCAUGAGGAUUGUGUGAGUACAGUUGGAUUCUCGCCGGACGGCUCAUGGGUCAUCUCUGGUUCCGGAGAUGGGACAAUUCGACUAUGGGAGGUAAUUACUGGCCAACAGCUAGGGGAGCCACCCCAAGGUCACGAAGGCUCGGUCUUUACUGUCGCGUUCUCUCCAGACGACUCAAAAAUUGUCUCUGGCUCGAAAGACAAGACAAUUCGUCUGUGGGAGGCAGACACUGGCCAGCCGUUGGGAGAGCCACUUCGAGGUCAUGAAGGUUGGGUGAAUGCCGUCGCAUUCUCUCCAGAUGGAUCACUGAUCGUGUCUGGCUCGGAGGACAGGACGAUUCGACUUUGGGAGGUAGAUACUGGUCAAACGUUACGGGAGCCACUCAGAGGCCACGCCGGCUCGGUCCGAGCUGUCACAUUCUCUCCUGACGGCACGCGAAUCGCCUCAGGCUCGGAUGAUGAUACAAUCCGACUAUGGGAGGCGCACACCGGUCAGCCAGUGGGACAGCCACUGCGAGGUCAUGAACGUCAUGUCAACGCCGUCAUGUUCUCACCAGAUGGUACAAGGAUCGUUUCUGGCUCGUUCGAUGGAACGGUCAGACUCUGGGAGGCAGAUACUGGCCAGCCGUUUGGAGAUCCACUCCGAGGCCAUGAAGUUGGGAUCAACGCCGUCGCAUUCUCACCAGAUGGCUCGCGUAUUGUCUCUGCCUCUGGAGAUGGGAUGAUCCGGCUAUGGGAGGCGGAUACUGGCCAGCUGUUGGGAGAGCCACUCAAAGGUCCUCAACUCGGGGUCAACGCCCUCGCAUUUUCGCCAGACGGUUCACGAAUCGUCUCCUGCUCCCAUGAUAAGACGAUUCAAUUCUGGGACGCAAACACUAGUCAAUCAUUGGGAGAGCCGCUGCGGGGCCAUCAAUCCUUGGUCUUUGCUGUCGCAUUCUCGUCAGAUGGCUCCAGAAUCGUCUCUGGUUCGUCCGAUAAAACCAUUCAGAUCUGGGAUACAGAGAUUGCUGCCAGCGUCGAUAACUCCAACCAGAACGAUGCAGAGGCUCCAGAGUUGAGUCUCCAGGACAAGCUACAAAGCAGCCCUCUGAGCCUCAUUGUACCUGGGUUCAAUCAGUGCACACUGUCGCGGGAUGGCUGGGUUCAAUCCUCCGAUAAAUAUCUGUUCUGGGUCCCGCCAGAGAAUCGCCACGGGCUAGUCUAUCCAAACCGUCUGACUAUCCCGGUAACGAGUUCAUUACGCACGACCAAAGUUGACUUUACGCAUUUUCAAUGCGGGCCCUCUUGGACAAAUGUGCGAACAAACUCCAGUCAGUGA